CUCAUAUUUUAAAGUUAGGUAGUAGUGAGAAUGAAGAUCCAGCCUCACAUAGAAGAAACUUAAACUAAUGAUUCAACUCUUUGCUACCAGAUUUGUUAAUUUGUGCCAUCUAGUGGUCAUGACUGAAACAUGCAGGUUAACCAUCAGACCGGUGACUCCAUGUUCUGGAUUUUGCCAAUCAUACAAAAAAAAUACUCUUUACAAAUACAUUAUUAGACUUCCCUGCAGAUUUUUAUACUUUUAGAAUUUAUUUGAAUUUGUUUGGGCUUAACUUUGUUUAGUUGUAUACUAAACUGUGUUUACUAAAGAAAACUGGCCUGUCUUGAAACAAAUCUAUUGAGUGGGCUAACUUAGUUCCUUCUGUUUGAUGCAUCCAUCUGUCUAAUCAGAUAACACACUGGAGGCUUUAUGUGUUGGCGAUAGUUUGUUGAGUUUAAUCAAAACAAAGUCUGCACAUUUACUCAAUGUCACAAAAAGUUCAUUGAAUCCCUUUAAGUAAACAGAAAACAACUUUAAGUCACCUGACACAUGCAAGAAGGCCAAAUGUAGUGAUUUAAAAAGCUGUUUUUCAGGAGUCAGAUCUGGAAGGUGGAUCAAGUUUACUUUCCCCUUUUCCUAGCUUAACUUUUCUGAAAAAGUCUUAAAAAUCGACCACAUUGUCGAUUUUUAAGAGAGCAAAGCAUUACAACUUUUUCAACACUCUUCUUCAACUCCUACUCUGUGUUCAAGCUGUGGCAACAAUGUUCACCUUUUUUUUGACUGAAACUUUCCAAACCCACGACUCCAACAACCACCCACCUGCCAAAUCAUCUCACUUUUUCCUGCCAAAUAAGAGAAAUGUUACGCAACUUUUUUUUUCUUUUUUGUAAAACUCAGAAUUACUCAUGUAAAAACGAUCUGAUGCUGCUCACUGACCCCCUGUUGUUGCACCCUUCAGCAUGAAGUGAGCAGGUCCAACAUCCCAGGAGGCAUGUGGCACGCCUUCCUGUCAGAAAGCUGUAAAGGUAAACUUCUAGUUGUCUUUUCUCCAUCCUCAGUUUGGCACAGGUGGUCAGACAGAAGUAAACUUUUUUCUGGCUUUUAACCAUUUCUGAAAAAGUGUAUGUGGUCCAAAGAUACAGCAGCAUCACACUGAAUUUAUAUAUAAGCUUUAAAUUUUAGAUUCACUCUUAAUAUGAGCAAUAAAGGGACAUUAAAAGACAUUUCUAUUAUGAGGCAUAAAAGCUGAUUUUAUGUAGAUUAAAACCUAAAUUAUUCAAACAAUCUGGAACAAAAUUAACUUUUUUUUUAAGGCAGAAAUGACCUGAUAUGUAAUAAAAAUCUAGCUGCUUUCCCUUUUUUCUCAUCUGAAUUAUAAUUUAAAUAACAAGAGGACUCUGUUUCUGCAGUCUUUUGAAGAAACCUCUCCUAAAUGGAACUUUUUCCAGCAUUGACAUUGGCCGAGCUUGUUUUAGGCCGUGAGUUUACCGUGUGUGGUUGUGCAGCGUUUUGAAUGAAAAGCCCCGUGUCAUCAGUAUCACUCAGAUGUGCGCAGCGCUUUAACAGUUUUGUAUUUUCAGCAGAUUCCCUAAAACACAAAACUCAUCCCCUGUGAUUGGUUGUGGCUCAGCAUGCUCCAUUGUUCCAGCGGCCCGUUUGUUCGCUCGGUUUCCUAUGCACAAACAAAACUUUCCUGCCUCACACGGCAAUAUUGGGCUCCCUGUGCUUUCACAACCCGAAUUAUUGGAAUCUCUGACUUUUUCUGAGGGAAAAAAGAUAAAGGUAGGUUAUUAAAAUCAACACUGAAAAGGUGGGAGUGUUGUAUUUAUACCUGUAUAAUAUUUUGCUUGUAUUGAAGUGGACAGAAAGUUUGUCUUUCACUGCUAGAAUUGGAAGUUAAUCUCAUGAAUAAAUAAGCUGAGAAUUAGCUUCAAAAUGAGUUGAAAGUUAAAAAUUCUAGGAAAAAACUUUUGAGUGUGACAUUAUAGAGAUAUUUGAAACUACAUGUGCACCAUAUUUCAUAUUUUAGCAGAAAAUAUAGGAUCAUUUUAGAAAUCUGAUGAUUUUAGAUAGAAUUUACAAAAAUAUACUUGUCCGCUCAUGUUUAAAUUUUAUCUUGAGGUUAUCAGUGUUCGUUUGUUGCCUAAAAAGUGAGUCUGAAUUCCAACAUCACAUAAAAUUUGUUGCAAAAUAUUCAUGUCAUCCUGCUUAAUGUAUCUGGACACUGUUUCACUCUGUAUCUCUGUCUGGUUGUUCAUCUAUCAACUGUGAAAAGAAGUGUUGGGAGACCCUCACCUGCUCUGCUAUCUCUCUGUCUGUCUGUGUGUCUGUCUGUCAGUCAGUGUUGUUUGGCAGGAUGUACAGCUUUAUGGGAGGUGGGUUGUUCUGCGCUGGAGUCGGGAACAUACUCCUCAUUGUCUCCACAGCAACUGACUACUGGAUGCAGUACCGUCACUCCAGCAAUUACAUGCACCAGGGCCUGUGGCGGUACUGUGUGCCUGGGAAAUGCAUGACACACACAGACAGCAUUGGUGAGACAUGCAGGGUAUAUUUUUUACUUUUUAUUUUACCAAGCAGGGAGAAAUUUGGUUUUGAGCAGCUGAUGAUGAGUGUGUGACCUCAGCUCUAAACCUUAUAAACAUCAGGGUUUCUGGGGUGAAAUAACCUUAUAUGUUUCUGAGGUUAUUUUACUUGAAUAUGCACCAGUUAGAGAGCAGAUCUGAAAGCCUGAUCUUGUCUCGUCUCUCGCAGCAUAUUGGGAUGCCACCCGGGCCUUCAUGAUCCUCUCCCUGCUGGCUUGUUUCAUUGGCAUCGUGAUCGGGGUCAUGGCCUUCAUCCACUACUCCUCCUUUGACGGGUUUGACAAGACGUUUGCAGCUGGCAUCCUCUUUUUCAUCUCCUGUGAGCUCCGACGACACAGAAAAACACACAUCUCUCAGUAUAUUCCAAACAUUACUAUCAGUUUAACUCUGUGAUUUGAUAACCUUUGUGCAGGCUUCUUUGUGUUGCUGGCCAUGGCUGUGUACACAGGAGUGACAGUGAACUACUACGGUAAACGCUAUGGCAGCUGGCGUUUCUCCUGGUCCUACAUAAUGGGCUGGGUGGCUGUGGUGCUCACAUUCUUCUCAGGCAAGCCUCUUAACACUCUAACAAAUAAAAACUCAUCUCCUUUUUUUUGCAUAUUUCCAUAACUGUCCCAUUAUUCUCUUUUAGGUAUCUUCUACAUGUGUGCCUACCGGAUGCACGAAUGCCCAAGAAACUCAAACUCCCGCUGAACUGACAAAAAAGCUUUGAAACACAAAAAAAGACAUGCGCGCUUUAGCACCGGUCCAUUAGAACGGCAAAGAGGAAGCAACCAAUGAACUUCAUA